CAUCUGUAUUUUCACGAUCCCAUCAGCGUAACACAAUUGUUACUUGUUUAUGGUUAUAAUCAAAAAAAAAUAUUUUUACGGGUGACGUUUGUGUAGUGAAAUUGGCUGGAAUAGGCGGAGGAACGACACAUUACGAUUAUUAUUGCGCACCUGAUGCGCACGUAUCCUGUGUAAACUGUGUAGUUUCACGGAUCGUGAAAUGGAGAGUAUAUUUCACGAGAAGCAAGAGGGAUACCUAUGCGCCCAGCAUUGCCUGAACGCGCUUCUACAAGGCCCGUAUUUUAACGCCGUAGACCUGGCGAAUUUUGGACACCAGAUGGACGAAGAGGAGAGAAUCAGGAUGGCCGAAUCGGGCGUCGACAGCGAGGAUUACAAGCUCUUCUUGGAGCAACCAUCGGGAAACAUGGACGACAGUGGAUACUUUUCAGUUCAAGUUAUUAGCAGUGCUUUGAAAGUUUGGGGUUUAGAACUGAUUCCAUAUAACAGCACGGAACCGACAGCUUUACUGGCACAGCAUGAUCCUUCACGGAUGAAAGCAUACAUCUGUAAUUACAGAGGGCACUGGUUUACAAUACGAAAAAUCGGAAAUCAGUGGUUUAAUCUAAAUUCAAUGCUCAGCGGUCCACAACUUAUAUCAAACACUUAUCUUGCGAUGUAUCUAGCUCAAUUGAUUCAAGAAGGCUAUUCUAUCUUUAUUGUUAAUGGUACAUUUCCACAAUGUCCUGCUGAGGAUGUCCUUUUGAAAAAUCCCGUAGUCGCGACAACGCAGAGGAACGAGAAGUUAGAUUCAAAGACACAAGAUUAUCGUAUAGGCACCAAGGCGGAAGACGACGUUAUGAAAGCCGCGCUCGCGAUGAGCGAAAUCGAAAUUCCACAGUCAUCCUGCGCGGCCAGAGACCCCUCGUUUCCGCACCAACCUGAGAUAUCCACGGAUAAGCCUCGUGAGAGGAUAGUUCCUAUAAGAGUCGAGGGUCUAGGGGAAGAGGAGGAAGAGGAAGUGACCGACGAGGAAGAUGAGGACGACAAUAUGCAGUUAGCGAGGGCGUUGGAAUUGAGUUUGCAGGAUUGCAGAAACGAUACAGACAAAACUCUUAAAUUAAGGUUGGACCUGACCGACGGUAAAACGUUGACGCAUUUAACGAACUCUGCGGAGGACGCGGACGAAGACGACGAGCUGAGAAAGGCGCUACAGUUGAGCCUCGAGUGCGUGACUGCCCCACCGACACCUGAUCCCGAGGAUCUGCGAUGGCGUCGGAUGAACCACUUUGGCAUAUACACAAACAGGACGCCGAGCAGCGAGACUCCCGCGAAUUUAAAUACUUAACAAUAAGCACAAAUUCGGCACAAUCGCAGACCUUCAUCUACUGUACUAGACCACUAACAACGAUACCUGAAAAUCUUAGGAUCUAGUUGUUGGCAUCGUUUGGCAUAUACUUGAUUAUAGUAAAUUCUCUGCAGGGGAUACGUGAUAUAGGUCUAAGAUUCUCUUAGUCCCGAUUUACAAUAGCUGUAGUAAGCAUUGAGCCGUAAGAAAUUGACCAGUCAUAAUUGAUUUUUCUUCUAUAAUUCGACCGUGAUCGGUCAAUUUCUUAAAACUUGCUAUACCUGUUGUAGGUCGGGACUUAUACAUACUAUCGAUUUUAACGAAGUAAUAGCGAAAUAUCCGAUUUACGGUUCACGAGUGCCGUCUUUGUGAACUCAGCCCCAUCUUGUUAUUCGUCUGAUCCGGAUGAGCUUGAUCAGAGUAUCGCCGUAUUUCGGGAAGGCAAGAAGUGACCACAAUAUACAGGGUGUUACGCUUCAACUUAGAAGCGUUUCAAUACACUGAUACAAUAAGAAAAAGUUGCUUACAUGGGGGUGAUGAUCUUUAUUUUGUAGUAUUGGUGAAACAAAAUAAUCAAAAUGUAAGCUUGUCUGUGAUCGCAUCAAGUUAGCUGUUUUGCUUCCCCGUGAUACGGCCGUGAUCAUCUCUACUAUUUGCAUCUCACAUCACAUCCCGUAAACUCUGUAGAUGUUAAUGGUCUAGUAUAUAUGGGAGUCUGUCGCACAAACUCUGCUAUUACUAAAACUGAACCUGAUCGCUACAUUGUAAAUUAUAUGAUUGAGUAGUUAAGCCUGGCAGGAAUGUCACUUUGUAUACUAAUGUUAUAACGAUAAGAGACGUCUUCGAAUGAGAUAGACUAAAGAUAUAUUUCUGAUUCCUUGAGA